ACUGCUGUCACAUUGACAAUUUGACAGUGCAUGGAUCUCGAUUGUUUUUAGAAUUUUUCAUUUCACUAAUCCGCAAUUUUAAUUUGGAUAAUUUCCUAAUGCUAUGACAAUUACUGAGGCUCUAAGCCUCUAUCAGAAUGGUUCUAAACGCCGCUAUGCAGAUGUUGAGGGAGGCAGAUGAGCUGAAACUGAAAAUAUCAAAAUUCAAGAGUGGAAUUUCUAUGCUACAAGAAAGAGGUCUUUGGGCCACACAACAACAGCUGCAAAAGGUGUAUCAAAAAGUAUUAGUUUUGGAUCUAGACUAUGCAUUGUAUAAGAAAGUGGAACAGGACUUGUGGAAUGUGGGCUUCAAACAACAGAUUGAGGCCCUCCAGGCUAUUUCAAAAGAUAGAAAGAAUCCCCUUCGCAGCGAGGGUCAGGCUAUGCUGUCAUGGGUGCUACAGGCUGCUGCGGGAUUCUACCUCUGUCUGCUACAUCAGAUCUGCACUACCUUCAAACUGGACUUGCCAUUUAGACGUCGUGCGUCGCUGCUAGGGCUGGUGGAAGGCUGGGGCGCCGGCGAGACGGCGGUGGGCGCCCGCCUGCCGCCGCCGGCGUCCGCGCGGUACAUCUGCCAACACUGCCUCGUGCACCUCGGGGACCUCGCGCGGUACAGGCAGCAGUUGCGCGUCGCUCACACUUUCUAUAGACACGCGCUGGUGGUGUCGGCCCACUCGGGGCAGCCGUACAACCAGCUGGCGCUGGUGGCGUGGCGGCGCGGGCGGCGGCUGGGCGCGCUGUACUGGCACGUGCGCUCGCUGCUCGUGCGCGCGCCCUUCCCGCCCGCGCCCACCAACCUCGCCCGCACGCUGCGCGCCGCCGCCGCGCUGCCCGGCAGUGACCCCAAGGAUCUACCAAUGAUCCCGGGCGUAACAGACGGCGCUGCGCAGGCGCAGGCCCCGGUCCCCGGCCGACUCGACGCGCACUCAUACGUCAGCGAACUCAUCAGAGCCAUACACUACAUACACACUGUCGAAGAACUGGACACGGCAGCCGCACUGGUGGAGUCCCUCAACUCUUCACUGACUGCACUCAUCGCCACCGACAGCUUCGAGUCCAUGACUCUCAUUAAGAUGGCGUGCGUGAUGAUCUGGUUGGUAGUGUCGAGCUCGGACGGGCUGGGCGCGGACAGCGCGGCGCUGGCCGCGGGCGAGGCGCGCGGCGCCGCGCUGGCCGCGAGACUGGCCGCCGCCACCGUGCUGGCGCAUCUACUGCCCGCCUACACCGCGCCCGCGCCGCCCGCUGCUGCAUUACCCGCGUUGAAGGUAUGGCUGUCGUGGUGCGAGAGCCAGCCUGCGCUGGUCCGCGGCGCGUCGUGGGCCGGCCUGCCCGCGCUGUGGCCCGCCCUCGCACAUACGCUCAACGCACUGCAACCCACCGCCGCGCUACUCACUGAUACCUAUGACAGUGUACCUUUACCAGAAGACGAAGAGUUAGCAGGGUUCCUGCCACUGGAGAAUGCGCUGAAAGGGCUCCGGUUUCCAAACCACGCCGCCUGGGACACGUACGGAGGACGAGUGCCGGAUUUAGAUGAAGAGGCUGAAGAUGAUAGUGCCGAUCCGGCGGGCGAGGUAUCAGUGACGUGCCUGUCGGGGUCCCCGGAGCUGGAGCCGCGCGUGCGAGCCCACAGACUGCUGCAGCUCGGGAAGAAACUCGCCGACCAACAUCCCGAACAUCUCUCAUACACUGAGGAAGACGGUAAGAUAACGUUCACGGCGUCAUCGGUGGGUGGCGAGCAGUUGACUGAAGCCCUAGCAGCGCUACGAGUGGCGGCGGGGGCUGCGACGUCCAACAGGGACUCCGCCCCGGAGCCCGAGGACGAGAGCGACGACGAGCCCACGCAACCACCGCCGCCCAUCGUCAUAUCCGAGGCUGAUUUCCGGGAGAAAGUCCGUGAGAAGCGCGUGGGUAUCCUGAAGCCGCAGGGGUCGCUGGAGCGCGCCAGGGAGGAACGAGCGCUCGCCACACAGGACGACCAACUCAUUUCGACAUGCUGGUUGCAGGAGGCCGAUGUGUCGGAGGACAGUAAGUCGGAAGACAAGAAGGAGGCGCGCAAACCGAGGGUCAACAUCGCCAUGGCAGCCAUCAUGCGGAAACAGGAGGAGACCAAUAAACAGGUGAAAUUCGUGACGCCCCCGCCGACACCAGACUCCAUUCCAGACACAGAGUCUAAAGACGACAAACCCAAAGUGAUACAACCAAAGGCCAUCAAGUCGCUCGCCAACUUACCGCUCGGCAGGAAGACUGGCGGCAUCCUCUCACUCAAGGACAAGUCUGCCGGCUAUCCACACCUCGUACUCAACACAGAACCAGAGCCAGCCAAAAAGACAGAGAAAGAAGAGAAGAAAGACAUCAAGCCAAGCCCGUCCAGUCAGAGCUCGCAGAGCUACCAGCAAAAGCGACAGGAACACGCACCCUCGCCCAACUGGAACCCGCAGAGCACGUACCCCGACGCACCCAGGAUGAACUUCCAGAAGAACUACGGCAUACAGAACACGGGCCUCAGCUACAACCCGAGCUACCCGGCGCCCGGUGUCAACAACCAGGGCAUACGACUGCCCGUCGUCAACCCCAAGGAGAUCGACGUCAGAACCGCAGCACUACAGAAACAGAACUCGCGCGCGGAGCUGUUCCAGGACGGACAGAAGUUCAACCACAACUACCAGAUGUCUGGCGACAAGAAGAACUUCCUGAACGACCUGCCUCCUCGCUUCGCCAACCAGUACCGGUACUGGCACAACGCGCAGGAGAACCAGUUCAACGACAACAAGUUCCGCGACGACAACUUCAAGCAGAACUCCUUGUUCAACGGCCAGCAGCCACGCACCUGGACGCAGCCCCCGCAGCCCCCGCAGGCCGACGGGUACCAGGCACCCGUGUGGUGGAAGCCCGAGCAGCCCAACAACUUUAACGCCAACUUCCAGCAACAGAUGCAGCCCAACUUCUAUUCGUCGCCACACCUCAACACCAACUUGCCGAAUCCCUACCAGAAUCUAUCUUACAACCAGAUGCCGAAUAACAUUCCGCAGAGCAAACAAGAAGGGUUCAGCCAGCCAGGGUACAUGCAGUCGGCUAUCGGCCAGCCGCAGCUGCAGACGCUGCAGACGCUGGUGACGUCACCCAACUUCAACUCGUCACUGAACAGCUUCUCGUACGCGCCGGCGGUGGGGUACGACUCCUCACUGUACCCCCAGUUCUCCAACAAGCUCGGCUACCAGCCGCUGCAGAUGAAGAUGGAGAAGCCGCUGGCCUACCAGGGGAACAAGGAGCUGAUGGAUAUGAACGCGCUCAACUUCGGGGGCAACGCGCUCGACAUGCAGCAGAGGAACAUCAACUUCAAUGAACCACUCAACAACGACAUCGGGAAUGUUAAGAACAUGGAUCAGAUAGGGAGCGGCGAGGGCGCCAGCGGUGCGGCGCCAGGCAGUACGUACUCUCUGUUCAGUGGGGCGCCAGACACCAGCGCGUGGGGGUCGCCUGCGCACGCGCAACCACCGUCCCUGUGGUCGGGCCCCGGGCCGUCCCCCCUGGAGCGCCUGCUGGAGCAGCAGAAGCAGCUGAAGGCGCCGCAGUGACGGGCGCGGCGCCGCGCGACCACUACUACACUGCCGCACAUACUACAGCCCCGUCAUACCAUCGACACUUGCUCACUUCUCUGUAGUAUGCUUCAAGGUAAAAGACAAGAGCGAGAGACUAAAUUACCUCUCGCUCACUUAACAAAAAUAUAUCUCAAUAUUUCGGCCCGUUACAUAACUGUCAGUUAACGUUUCGAACUGUGCAACAACUGACUGGUUCCGAUUACUUCGUGUCGUGCAGCGAACAUAUUUGGAAUCGAUGUUGCGCUUCCAAUGCGUAGUCGUUAUUUAUAAAAAUUCUCCUUGAUGAUAAUAAUAAUGUGCUGUUGUAUAAAAUUGUAUAAAUGUAAACAAAUGUAUAAAGUUGACGGCGACAUGGAGAACUGAUUAGUAUUUUUGUCCAAGCGCCGAUUGUGGCCGGUUCAUGGGAAACUGUUGGCUCAACUGUAUACAUAUAUUUUAUUAGCAUUAUUCAUGGUUAUCGUGCAUAGGAAGAACUUAUUACCUUGUUGUUAGAACAAAAUGAAUGAAUUUUAUUAAACCUGCAUAUUUGUUGGCAUUUUGAGCUGAAAUUUGGGAACGAUAACUAAUCUAUAGUCGUAAGUGUCCCGCUUCCUAAACUUGCCAAAUCGCCAAUAAAUCGCAUACUGACUAUACAUAAAAUGAAAUAUAUAAGUAUUAAGACGCAGAAUGACUUACGUCAAGUUUCACGCUACAAGCAUAAGUCUGAGCAUACUUUAUAAAUAUUUAUUGGCUGUGACCGCAACUACUAUACUAAUAUAUUUGCUCAGAGUUAUACUUCUGUGAAACUUACGAGUCUACUGAUAAUUUUCAAUAGGCCUAGUCACACAACAAAUCAUAAUUACGUUCUUGCAUGAAAAUACUACGUUAGUCGCCAAUGUCGGGCGUCGUAAAAAUUGUUCUUAUUCUUGUACACUUGCAUAUUUUUGUAUAUUAUCUGUCGUAUUUCGCGUCGUGUGAACGGAUACAGAUAUUGUUGGUCCCCUUCGUAAAUGUCGAACUGCACAGAUUAUAUAUUGCUUUACAUUUUUCUUGACGACAUUUGGAAACGGAUCUAUUUUUUAUUAUUAAGUUUCUUAUUUUAGUAAGAUAUUCUUCAAAAUUGUAGGUGUAAUUAUUAUUUAUUGUUUUGUUGUGGUUUUACUUCUUUAUUUAUGUGCAGUUGGACAUUUACAAUGGCUUUAUUUUAAGCAUGAUUUUGUUGUGAUUUUAAGUGAAAGUAAAUUAAAGUAACCUUUGUGAAACAAUAUUUUGUAAUAAAGAUAUUUUUGUUAUUACA